AUGUCGUGGCAACCUAAGCUUCGCCCCAAGGGCUUCCCACAUAGCAUCGACGACUUUGCAGUGGCGUCAAUGUCUGAGCUGGAACACCGCUCGAAAACGGGUGAGGAUAAACGGGACCAGCGCGUCUUCCGGGUCAAGCGGAAGCAUGUCCUGAAGGCGUGCGAUCGGUGCCGAGUCAAGAAAACCAAGCCCUGCAACCGCUGCUCAGUCUACAAUCACCCAUGUCUGUUCCGUGAGCGGAAGGCGACGCAGACUAAGGUAUACUCCCGAGGAUUCGUGGAGAUGCUCGAAUCGCACCACUCACUAGUCGUCAAAGCCCUCCAGACUCUAUACCAGUUCUGCGUCAACAAGGAAGGCUUCCCCGGCGAGCCGCUGGCCGAAGCACCAGACGGCCACCCUCUCACCCACGCCAUCCUCGAUCGGCUCGGCCUCAUCAAACAAGCGGAAGACACUGCAGACGAGCCGGGCGAGGAUUCGGAGGACCUGCGCUAUCUCCGGCUCCUCUCGACUUCGACCGAGUGCAGCGCCACGGCGGAGCCGUCCCCCGAGCCGGCCACUCCCCCCGAGCCCUCCCCAACGACAGUCUGCCGGCCCGCCGUCUGCCAUUCCCGUCCCUCCCCAAUGACGAGCCGAAGUCACUCGCACUGGCAGUGGGAUCCACAGUCCGUCCAGCAGACCACCUACAGCUAUCCGGACGCCCGGUACCAGGACAUGCUCGCCAUGCAACGGCCCUCGAUCCCCUCAGCAGAUCUAAGCGCCGGCGAGAUCGAUAUACCCUCCGGGUCCUCGCGUUCGCAGGGUCCCCACCCCCAUGACCAGCCACCUUUCGCGUACUUCAUGGAUGAGGGAUGCAGUGCUGCUGCGUCGUCAGAUGCCAAGGCUGCUGUUCGACUGCAGACCGGGAUCAUACCCGAGGCGCAUCCCCCCAGCUGGCUGGGUUGUCGAAUGACCUGCUGGACGACUUCCAUUUCCAGACGGCAGAGUCUUCCUUCUACCCUGGGUUCCCGCCAGGCUGGUCGUUUCCCUCGGCCUGACUGA